ACGGGACUCUGUGUUCUGGUGAAGGUGCUGGCUCUGGUCUUCAUCCGGAAACUUCUCGACUUCUUCUUUACCAAGAGGGAGCUGAGCUGGCUGGACGACCUGAUGCCCGAAAGCAAGAAGAAGAAGGAAGACGACAAGAAGAAGAAGGCGAGAGAGAAACUGGAGGCGGUGGCCCGGCUGGCGGUGGGGGCGGAGCCUGGAAUGGGGGCGGAGCCUGGGGUGGGGGCGGAGCCUGGGGUGAAGCUCCAAUAUGAAGGGAGCAACCUGCUGAAGAUCCCUGUCAAGACCCUUUCAGGAAGUUGUGAGCCUCCCAAUGUUAACAUCUCUGAUGAGAUGGCCAAAAGUGUUGCGUGGAGAACAACAGCUUCUGGCAGCGACUACACCCAACCUGCCCAACGUAGCAAAAGCGAGGAGAAGGUGGCGUGUGUUAGGGUGGACCUGGACCCAGAAGCAGAAGGAGGCUGCAACACGGCCAUAGAGACCUUCUUGUGAUGGAGGAAGACGACACCUUUCUCUCUGCCCCCAUCCCUCCCUCCCACCCCUCCUUAUUACCCCAGAGAGGGGCAGUUGGCUAGCUAGAUCUGGAGCUGGGCAGCUCGUCAGGGGGUAGGUAGGGUCUCUGUUGGAGACAAUGGCUGAGCUCUGACCUCUAGUAACCCACUGUUGCAUUCUGAGAAAUCCCUGGCCUGUGAUUAGACCAUGGUGACACUGCCCACCCAAAUCCCCCAUUUCGGGUGCUUCAAACCCCCAUGUCAGGAGUCAUCUUCUCAUCUUCAACCACAAAUGCCAAAAUAAGGGGCCACUCUCUAAUGAGGAUCUGCAGAUCGCUACGGACGCUUGAACAGACAUUCAUUUUGAAAAGGUGUACAUUUCAGUUUCAGUUCAAAGCAAUAUAUUCGUGAUUUGUUAA